AUGAAGCUCAUGAUAAGUGUAUUUCAUUCCUCUUCUUUCCCCCCGCCAGCAGACAACAUCGCCAGAUUCCCUGGACAUCAUCACCAGAGUCUCUGGGUGUUCUCUCCUCACCAGCAGCUAGAGCUGCUCUCAUCGCGUCUCUCACAUCCGCCUCCUCCGCUUCUUCCUCCACCUCCACCUCCUCAUCGCCCUCAUCCUUCUCCUCUCUCUUCUCCACUUCACUCCAAUCUCACCCCUCCGCUUCCGCCUCCAAAUCUCCCUAAUUCCCCUCGUGGUCCACGCUUCGCAAGCAUGCGAUGCAGUCUGCCUCACAUUGUGCUACUCUCUUUGCUCCCUCCCUCCCUCCCUCCCUCCCUCCCUCCCUCUUCCCGCACUCAGCAGCAACAAGCCUCCGAGCCAUCUACAAUCCAAGCGCCCACCCCCUACACCGGCUGCACUGCUGUCUGCCUCACUGGUUCGGCGCGUGACUUUGAGCUCACCGGGCCUAGCAUCGUGGCUCGGCUGCUGCCGAGCCUGCGUCCGCACCGCCCUGUCCUGUUCCUCGUAGCUCCCCUGGACGAGCACAGCCACAAGCUGUGGGCGCUGCAAUGGGGGCUGGGCAUGGGGAGAGAUGGGGGGUCUGGGGGAUUUGGGGGACAGGGCGGAUCAGGAGAACAGGGAGAGGGACUAGCGGGAGGGUUAGGGCGGAACCUAAAAGAGCGGGUCGAUGUGGAGAGCGCAUGGGAAGGGGGGGUGGAGUUGGGUGCGGUGCAGAUGGGUGGGAGCGUGUGGGUGGACGUUGAUGAGGUGGUGGGAGACAGCAAGCUCUACGACAACGCAACAGCUCGGAGCAUGCAGCCUCAACUGCAGUACUUACAGCUUCUCUCGUCCUGCCUCUCCGUAAUCGACAACUAUCAACACCACCAUCCCUCCUCGCCACCCUUCCACCGUCUCAUCCACUCCCGCCUCGACUCCUACUGGUCCGCCCCACCCUCUUUCUCCUCCGCCUUCUCCUCUCCAGUCCCUAACACCACCGCAUCUUCCUUCGAUGCUCCUGGUGCUGCUGGUAGCGCUGGUGAUGCCACUGCCGCAAGAGCCCCCUUUCUCCUUCAUUCUCCCCCUUUUCUUUCCUUCUCUCGCCUUCUCGCCCUUUCUCCUUCCUCCCCACCCCCUUCUCCCCUUUCUCGCCUGCUCCCUUCAUUCCACCCCCACAGCAACCUCUCCCCAAAGGCAACCCUCCAGGCCUGUAUAGAAUCCACAGGCAUCCACGUGGCACGAGCUGAUUGGCCGCUGUGCACCGUGAGCCACCAGACGUUCAAGCACGGGCGGCAAGGGGAGGUGCUGGUGGCCUCGUUACAGUCACGCGCGAACCUGAACGGAGCGAAAUGCUGGCCUUGCACGCCCAAAUACACUGGCCUAGAGGCCCUCUCCCACAUGGCCUUUGUGCCUGCUUCCAACCGGAUCCGCUCCCCUUCAGCCAGACCACUCAACACCAGCACUGAGAGCAUCUACCUAUCGCGUGGAGUCACAAACUACGACGUUGCAGCUGUGCUCAUUCAUCCUUCCCUUCCCCACUUGCAGGCGCUUUCACAUAUUGCUUGGGCGCCUGCUUCCAACAGGAUCCGCUCCCCCUCAGUUGAUCCUGUCAACUCGGAUCCGCUCCCCCUAAGCCAGCCCACUCAGCACCGGCACCGAGAGCAUCGAGCAUUGACACUGACUCACAUCCACCAUGCUUGCUGCUCCCUCCCCUCCGCCAAACAGGCCCUCUCCCACAUGGCCUUCGUUCCUGUCUCCAACCAGAUCCGCUCCCCCUCAGCUGAUCCUGUCAACGCUGGCAGCAAUAGCAUACAGCUCUGCGAUGCCUCCCACCCCUGGGAGCUUGCCUGGACCGAUAACUACGAUGCUGCUGCUGGCUCGCGAUUGGCUGGGAUGAGAAGGGCUAUCUCGUCCACCAAUCUGAAGCAAUACGUGCAGCUGAUGGCACAGCUCCAGCGUCAAUCCGCCAACUGGAGCGCCCCCCCCCCUGCUGCUAUCUGUGUGCGAUCGCUCCUCGGCAAGAUAUCCAUUGUUUGCUCUUCGUGGGUUAGGCUUUCAAGCCUCUCAUCCCCUUUCCCUUCUACCUUCCCACUCCCUCCCUCCCCAAACCAGCUCCAGCACCAGACACUCAACUGGAGCGCCCCUCCCCCUUCCGCCAUCUGUCUUCAGCAGCAAACUAGCAACUGGAGCGCCCCUCCCUCUGCGGCCAUCUCUGCAGCAGCAGACAGCCAACUGGAGCGCCCCUCCCUCUGCGGCCAUCUCGUGAUCCUUUCCACCUCCCCCAUGACCCAACCCCCCUUCGUGCGGGGUGGUGGUGGGAGUCGACUCAAAAGACACCCCUCCCCUGGACUGCGGGGUGGUGGGAGUCGCACCUCCCCUCACUCCUCCCAGGCCUCUCAGUGCAUCCCCAUCCCUCCUCACCCCCCUGUCCAUACCUCUACAGCGUGGUGUAUUCCACCUCCCCCAGGACGCCCCUCCCCUGGACUGCGGGGUGGUGGGAGUCACACCUCCCCUCGCUCCUGCCAGGCCUCUCGGUGCAUGCGCUGCCGUCAACCCCCCUCGACUCCACCACUGCCACUCCUGCUCACGUCAUCAAGGUGA